AGUGUGUGUGACUCUCUACACAAAUGGGCCAUUAUAAAAUUGUUUCUUCAGCUUGAAUCAACGUGAUGCUCCUGGCAACAUGGGGCUCUACGACCAGGUGAUGGCGCUCCAGUGGGUGAAAGACUACAUCAAAUAUUUUCACGGUGAUCGGUUUCGCGUCACUAUUAUGGGCGAGGGAGCAGGCGGUGCCUGUGUUCACUUGCAUCUCUUCUCUCCAAUGUCUAGAGGUUUGUUCUCACGGGCCAUUUCGCAGUCUGGUGUAGCGUUCAACUCAUGGGCGCUCAUGAACGACAUGGUUAACACGUCUAAGACACAUGCGGCAUUCCUUGGUUGUAACAAAGAAAAAGAUUCUAUGACUAUGAAAUGUCUGAGGCAAGUCGAGGCAGAACAAAUUGUGAACUCUACCAAAGGACUGCAUUUCUGGCUGCAGGAGCCGCUUGUGAUCUACAGACCUAUGGUCCAGGAAGGCAGACUUGGAAGGGAUAUUUUCCUGCGACGUGAUCCAAUGGACUUACUGUUGCGAAGGGAGUUCCAUAAUGUACCCUGGCUUGUGGGUGUUGUUAAGACGCCGGGAUUCUUCCAUGCUAGGCGUGAGUAG